ACAGCGCAUUCACAUUAUCCAGCAGCAUGGCACCGAUUGCAACUUCGGCAGAGGAGCCGUCACGACGAAGGAUUAUUAAUAUCAAUGCCGAAACCAUCACCAACAUACCCUCCACGGACUUUCCUGGACAUUGGCCUGGAGAAUCGCAUGAAUGGUCCGUAGAAAAUUUUCAAAACAAUUUUCGAGUCGAUUUCCACAAGAAUGAGCCAUUAGAUGCUUCCUUCUCACUCGUCGGCCUCGAUGCCUCCAUUGCAAACGCUUUCCGCCGUAUCCUCAUCGCCGAAGUGCCCACUCUCGCCGUCGAAUACGUAUACAUCAUAAACAACACCUCCGUUAUUCAAGACGAAGUCCUCGCCUCUCGUCUUGGUCUAAUUCCGCUCAAAGGUUCCAUAGAAGGUCUGAAUUGGAUGCAAUGGUUCAAAAAGCCUACAGAGGAGGAUCCCAAGGGCAGCGAGCCCAGCGACUUCAAUACUGUCGUUCUAAGACUUAACGUUGAAUGCAGCGUCAAUGAGAAGGCGCCACCCGGAGCAGAGGAUCCCCGCAUUCGCUACCAUAACGCUCAUAUCUACGCAAGGGACAUCACAUUCCAUCCUCAGGGCCGUCAAACGAACUAUUUCACUGGCGACGGCGAAAUCCAACCUGUCAAUCCUGAUAUUCUUAUUGCUAAACUUAGACCGGGCCAGGUGAUCGAGCUUGAAAUGCAUUGUGUCAAGGGUAUUGGUGCGGACCAUGCCAAAUUUUCCCCCGUCGCAACGGCAACCUACCGCCUUCUCCCCGAAAUCCGAAUUCUACGUCCCAUUAUCGGUGAAGACGCAAAAAAAUUUGCCAAAUGUUUCCCCAAGGGCGUUAUCGGUUUCGAGAAAAUCACUCCGGCAGAAGCUGCGCAAAAGGGUAGUGGCUAUGAAGGCCACACUGGUGAAGACAAAGCCGUGGUUGUGGAUCCGUUCAAGGAUACCGUUAGCAGAGAAUGUCUACGACAUGAUGAGUUCAAGGAUAAAGUUAAAUUGGGUCGUGUUCGGGAUCACUUCAUUUUCAAUAUUGAGAGUACCGGGCAGUUCCCGAGUGAUACUCUUUUCUUGGAAAGUGUCACGGUCUUGAAGCUCAAGUGCUUACGGUUGAAACGAGAAUUGACCAGAUUGAUGCAAUAAUGUCUUGAUUUUGUGGGUUCGUUUUGCCUCUCUUGCGGUUGCAUUUUCUGGCGUUCUCUCUUGUUUAUUGGUGUGGAUAUAGAUUCAAUUUGUCUACGGGUCAAAAAAAGUUAUUUUUGAUGUCUAACGGUGUUCGUGAUUUUUGUAUAUUGUUAAUUCAUCUAUGUAAGCAGUGCGCUUCCUCGUGAUUCGAUGUUUCGUGUCGUUAUAGCUCAUGAAAAAACGAGUUUAUACCGGAAAUCAAUGGUGAAUGCCGGAUCACUGACAGCGAUCUCCUGACCAUCGGAUACCAAGUCUUUCAACUUUAACCGUAGAUUAGGUCGUGUCUGCUCUUCCAGUUGGGGUGGAAACCGUUGGUAUAGCGUUUUCUCCCCCGAUCUCAAGCUAGGCUUUUUGAGUUGUGCUUCUGCUCGCUCGCCCAGACUUUCUAUAAACUCUUCUAGGGUGAUUUCAGGAUCAGCAUGGAUUGUACGUGCCAGAUUUCCACAGACUGGGCAGUCCGGUUUCUGCUCUGCAGUGAAAGUGUAGGUGUAUACACCUUCCUCGCCGGCAUACAUCAUGUAAUUAUCCAAGUACGGGUUGCAUGAAGUAGCGAUUUUCAAUGCUUCUGAGGUUGUGGAUGCAGCGACCACAGCGUUCGUCGAUGCGAUGGCGGGAAUAAUAUUCUUCACGACGCCUUGCGUUAGUUGGAAAGUAACUCCGGGAAUGGAAAAUUGUUUGGCGCGUUCCAAUGCAUGUUGAUAAAUCCAGGAGAUAUG